AUGCCCAAGAAACAGAAACGGCCAUGCGAAGACGAAUUAAUAUCCGCCAUUGUAUCGACACUUAAGCGCGAUGAAGAAAAAAGGAACAGACGUGGGAAGAGUCGGGUUACUGUACCAGAAAUGAAGGUGUGGAAGUACAAGCCUCCUCAUACAGGCUGUAUACCUAUGACUCCUUCUAUGCAUACUAGGUUGCGGUACAUCACUCAUUGCGAUCCAUAUCCAAAACCUAGGGAAUAUCAUUGGAAUAAAUUUGAAGAGUUUCCGGAUGACGAUAGACGCCGUACGAAAUCGAUGCUACAUGAUGAUGAAAAGCCGUGCUGCAUUACUUUUUCGAAAAUUACACCAGCUUUGAUCAAGCAUUCUCCCUCUGAUACCUCUAUUAUAAACUUGCCAAGUCCAAAGACCAGUGGAGAGGUGUUGUCAGCAAAGUACGCUGAAGUCAAACCUUAUGAAGUGAGGCCGCCUAUGCCCUCUGCAUCUGGACAUCAGGUAUUUAGACCACAUAGCGGCAUCGUAAUUAAUAUGGAUAAGGAUUUCGUCCCUGUAUCGGCUUUGCCAGGAUCCCGCAAAAUACCUGGGUUGAGAAGAAGGAAAAAACCAUGUCACAAGGGAGGGGUAUGCAGGAACAAGUAUUGUAAGAGGAAGAUAUGUCGACGAGCUGCUGAAAAGAGAAGGCGGCGAAUAGCAGCCAAUUUGAGAUGGGGUGUCAUGGGUACGAAAGGAUACGUCACCGACGGCACGCCCAGGAUGCGUGGCAGAAAGAGACGCAUUUUUGGAGAUGACGACUGCGGCCUAGACGAAGUGCCCAGACCAGAAUUUCCUCAAGUACCACCAAGGUUGCCGAAGCACACGCUUAGGACGCACUCGCUGACUGUGAUGCCAUGUGUCAAAGAAUUAACAGGAGAUGUACAUUUUGGCAUCCUCAACGGCUCUUACAAUAUGUAUAGCGAUAAAUUUGGUGGUAGAUCGAGGGGUAAACAGGCGAUAGCAAUGAGCGCUAUGGCGUAUUGUCUUGCAUUCCACUAUCAUCCGAAACAGUGGACUAUGAAACUCGUAGACAAUCUCAUGGACGCUGGCGACCAAUGGUACUUACAACUACUAGACAAACAGCACGACCAUGCGGAGGUUCAAGGCAUGUGCGAAGUGUUAAAGUAUGGAAAAAAAGAGACGCUAAUAUUAAACCAGAAGCGCAUGCUGAUGUACCUCGGUGAGCCCUACAUUGUGGGCUAUGCACUAUCCAACGACCCUCGAGUAUACAAUUUAUGUAGAGGUCUUAAAACUUUUUUUAAAGAAAACCGAGCUGCUAUUAUGAUGUCAAGGGCCCUUAAAUUAGUAAUUUGGAAAGACAAAGUAUGCUUUUACGUUUUCGACCCAGCUGGCAGAAAUUCUAAAGCUGUAUCGAACUAUUCCACUGGCACUGCUGCCCUCAUAAACGUGAAAGACGCACAAGCGGUUGCAGACUUGCUCCUAGCACGCAGUAUACUAGAAGACCAAAGAUAUGUGCUAGCACCCAUUAAAGUCCUCAGAAUGGUUGACGAGAAAUCGGACGAAGAUUUUGAAGAAGAGAAAGAGCUUACUCAAGCGGAGAAAGCCUCUAUGAGCUACAGAAUUCUUGACGAGAAUCGAGCUAUCGUUAACGCUAAUAUGCAUUUAGGUGAUCGUUGUUUCGACGAUACUAAAUACCGCCAAUCCCUGCCUAUCGCCAUAACAGCUAUGACAUAUGCGAAAAUAUCGCCACCUAACACCUGGUAUUCUAAGACGCUAGACAAGAUUAUGCUUUUAGCAAAUAAACUGUUUUUGGAGUUUUCCCCCUCAAAAGGAAUGGUAGAUUUGACAAUAGAUAAUAUUCCUAAUGAGAUCCUUCUUGGGCCAUAUAGUUGCGAGAUUAUUAUUUAUAGAGACAGGGUGAAAGGACAAUUGUUUACAACGAAGGAGUGUAUAUUUAACAUUAGAACCGGUUUACAGGAGUUCUUUAAAAAUGAAUAUAAUAGCGGUAUUUUGGACUUUAGUGGUUAUAAAAUAGCCGUGUGGAGACAAAAGGAUAUGUUCUAUAUGUUCGAUCCAUAUCCGCGGACAAAUGAUGGUGAAAGGGCUCAAAACCCAAAAUAUGGCAAGGCAUGUUGUAUGAUGUUACUUACUACGGAUACGAUGGCAGAGGUAUUCGCAGAUAUCUGGGACUAUUUGCCGGAGACGACUCUAUUUUCCAUUCACGCAUUCAAAGUGUUAAAGGUUAAAAAGAAAUUUCCUAAGACUCAAAUAAAAUGUACGCUGAGUGACACAGACCACAAGGACAAGGGUAAAAAGUUUAAAAGAAAGGUGCUACCCGUCAUCUCGAUGCGCGCAGAGAUGAUUGGUGAUGGCGGCACCGGUCUGGGCUACCGGAAAGUUGCUCAAGACGUGUUACCUAUCGAACUACUUCAAGCAUCAAAGGACAAGUCAAGAAUUCUCGAUGAGGAGCAAAUGGGGGACAUAAUCUCCUUGGUGGAUAGCAUCCAAGAAGAAUUUGUACCGCCCAUUCCGAUGAGAUACAAGAAAUCGCCAGUGGAAGAGACGGGAGGAGACGAAGCAGAAAAAGUUUCCGCAAACUUGGAUUCUCCGACGGUGUCGGUGACGCAGGUAGUUCCUCCUUGGCCCAAGACUCGGGACAAGUCCAACGAGAUACCCGACCUCGAUCCCUCGCGGGAGCCGACGCCGCCUCCCACUCCACCACCGCCCCCAAUACCGGAAGGAGGAUUGCCAGAGGAGGAGGAAAAGGUAGAAGAAGAAUUGGACGAAGAAGCCCUUAAAGAAAAGAAAGAAGAGAUGAAAAGGAAAAAGUUAGAAGAGGAAGAGGCCAGGAGGAAGGCCGAGGAGCUGCCUCCGCCGCUCGCACCUCCGCCUCCCUCACCGCAGCCUUCCGACACUGAAGUGGCGCUCGCUCCGGCACGUGACGGCAUUGAAGACGAGAUGGAGAUGCAGGAGCCUGAUAGCGUGAAACGGUUUAUCUUACUCACAGAAGACGCCCGCAGGCGUCAUAAGUUGCGGCAAAUGCGUAAAAAAAUGACUCCACUCCUCCACGAAACUCCGUUAGAAGAAGUAGUAGGGACACCAUCAGAAGAAUUUCUUAAACCCAGUAACUUCAAAACUUUGCCCAAUUCAACACAGAUUAUUCAUGGAAGUACAGCCAUACCCGAAUCAGAUGCCACCGAAAUCCUGCCUUUUGCCGCCAUAAUGGCUAUAAUUACAUCGUACAAGUAUUCUAUAAAUACCUGGACGAACGGAAUUGUGGACUUUAUCAUUGAUGGCGCUUUGAAAUUACAUAAAAACAAGAAAGAAAAAUUUCAGCUUGCUCCAAUGCAUGUAAUACCAAAGAUUGCCGUUGGACAUCAGGCCUAUCACGCCAGCAUCGAUGUAGCAGGUGAAGGGCCUACAUGGAAACUCGAAAAUGUAUUGGACACCAAAUUUUUCCCGAAGUACGAUCGCGGUAUUCUUACCACGCCGAAUUACAGUUGCGCGUUUUUCGUAAGAAAUGGAGUAUUCUAUCUCUACGACGCAAGCCCUUGCAAUCCUAUGGGUCUAAGAGAAAUAUCACGGAACAGUGUACAAGCAUCAGACGGCAAAGGAAACAACCCAAACGGGAAAGCAACUUUGAUGCGUUUCAAGACUUUACAUGACCUAGCUUGCAGAAUCGUAUACAACAAAGAUGGGGUUCACAAUGACGAGCACUUUAUAUUAAGCCGUAUCUUGGUAAGGAGACUUCUACCAGAACCUCGGUAUAAAUUGCCAGACGACUACGACUAUGAUAAACGCGAGGCAACAGAAAAGAAAAGCAAGUUAACAAUCGAUCCUAGCGAUCAGACAAGCCGAGAAAGCAAGAAAAAAUCAUCCACCGUUCCUCUUGACCGGAAGAAGAGUGAGCCAGCUGUUGGUUACCAAAACUAUAAUGGCCUUUAUAAAAUUGAAGGCACUACCGCUUUAAAAGACCGAAGUUCAAGUAAUGAUGUGAAAGAAUGUCAUUUCGUUGGUUUAGUUGCUAUGUUGUUGGCUGCCAUGCAUCCUCUGAGGACGUGGGAUCAUUUCAUGGUGGACAGUUGUCUUGAGAAAGGUCAAGAAAUUAUGGACAAGUCUACGAACUGCGGUAUCUGUGAGAAGAGGGUAAUUAAAAAUGUCAUAUUGGAUGGCAAAUUCAUUAAUGUAAACAUUAAAAAAAUUAUUGUCAUUAACGAAAAUUCUGAAAAAACGUUAGAGCAAUAUAUGAAAGCUGUAUUAAGAAGGCUUCGCUAUGUAAUGAUUCGAUUCUCUGAGUGUACCUUGGUCGUCUGUCAGAGUGGUGGUUACUAUCAUCUUUUCGAUCCAUACGGAAGCAACUCUCAAAACCCCUCCAACAAAAACAGAAAUGGUAAGCACGACACUGAGGUUUCAGAUUCAGAGAAGUCAAGGGUACAUAGCGAAGAAGCGAAAAACGUAGCAUCAUGGACAUUGUUUCGUACGUUGGAUGAAUUGAUAAUUAAAAUUAAGUGUCUCAUAAAAACUAACGUAAACAGUCCAGAAUUUUACACGUUUGAAUUGACCUCGGUAAAAAAUGCUCCAAGACAUGCAGCGUUCAAUUAUAAGCUUAGUCCUCUGUUCAAACCAGAUGAAAAUCCAAACACAAGAUACUUAAAACCUUUAAAAAGACCUCGACGAAUUGUGAAUGAGAAAAUGUAUUGGCUGAACAUAGAUCCUGUGUGGACCCGCACGAGUCCUGUGAACGAUUUAGGGCAUAUGCGAAACACUCCAAAAUCUUUGUGGCUCGACUGGGACAUUGAAUUCCCAGGCGACUUGUAUUCGGUCUGGGGUACGCUACAUCCGAUGGACGAAAGGUUCAAACCAGAAAACCAAGGCAAACAGUAUUUAGCUACCUGUGUUAUUGCUUUGGUGAUGGUCCAAGCGUGCGACCUGGCAGUGUGGACGGGAAGUUUCCUUGAUGGGAUUGUUAUAGCCGGCGAUAAGUACCAUACCACUAUUGCACAUAAGUUACAGAAACAGCCAAACCAUGAGUUAACUGUUGAGGACUAUGCAGGCUCAUUUGAUGAUUUUUAUCCAUACCAAUUCACUGCGACGUUUGAGAAAGUCAUAUUUGGAUUUGUGUAUAAUACUCUUCCAGAUCGUUUUAAUUUAAGCAAGGCUUUGAGCUUAUUUUUUGAAAAGAACACUAUGGGUAUUUUGACAAGCCCGAGCAAAAAUUUAGCUUUUGGUAAACAAACCGGCUCAUAUUACAUGUUUGAUUGUCAAACCCGUGGUCCUCCGGUAUUUGGCCCUUACACAGGGUCUGCAUAUAUGUUAAAAUGUGAAAGCUUAAACAGGCUCAUUUAUUGCAUAACAAUGACAUUAAAUUUACGUUCACAUGGGCAACAAUUUCAUUUGUAUACUGCAAGUAUAACACUAACUGAAAAAACUAAAUAAACAGUGUGUAACGAUUUUUUGUGUUUCUAUUCUUCACUAUAUCAAUCAUGUGAUCAUUA